AUGGCGUCAGGUCUUCAGCUGAUCGCGCUCCUCUGUCUAACCAGUGGACUCCUGGUCAAAAAUGCUUAUGGAAGUCAUUUAGGUUCCUGUAAAGUUUGCCCCCCUGGGUGGACUCAGUUUGGACAGCUCUGCUACAUGUUCAACUUCAAUAAAAUGGACUGGGCCGAUGCAGAGCGUUUCUGCACAACUAUUGGUGGAAAUUUGGCUUCCAUCCAUUCAAAAAGUGAAUAUGACCUCCUUGAAAAUGCGCUCCUGACAACGACUGGCAGACACAUGAACAUUUGGCUUGGAGGAUAUGAUGCAGCAAAGGAGGGUGUGUGGCUGUGGAGUGAUGGAUCCCACUUUGACUUCAAAUUCUGGAACAAAGGGGAGCCAAACAACUUCCGUGGAGCGGAGCACUGCAUGGAGAUGAACCUCGGAGACCAUAUCAAUGUCAACGAUAACAACUGCAAAGAGAAGAGAUCUUUCUUCUGCUUCAAGCAUCUGUGA